AUGGGUUUCUAUGGAAUUUACUGUAUGUCACAUGAACUUUCUAACUCCUUUGUGCCUUACAGAGACAUCAAGCCAGGGAAUGUUCUACUGAGCAGUGAGGGACACGUGAAGCUUGCUGACUUCGGUGUAGCAGCAGAAGAAGUGUUUGGCCAUAAUACCAUCCAUGGCCAAGCAGGGACAUUGAAUUACAUGGCCCCCGAGAUGCUACUAGACCGUGACUACACUGCAGCCGUUGACUGGUGGUCUUUUGGUGUUACACUAUGCAAAAUGGCCACUGGGAAAUCCCCUUUCCAGACUGGAUGUGACCUGCCCAAAGUGAAAAAAUCCAUCCUCAAAGAUCAGCCCAACAUUCCAGGAUGGAUCAGCUCAGAACUACGUAAUCUUCUGAGAAAACUUCUGAAAAAGAAGCCUCACAAACGCCUUGGAAUCAAUGGAAGUAUCCGGCAACAUCCUUUUUAUGCUUCCAUUGAUUGGGAGGAGCUGGAAAGCAUGGGGAUACCACCACCUUUUCAGGCAGAACCUGAAUCAUCUGGAGAUUUAAAUAAGGUCACACCAUCAUUCAUGGAGGUCCUACAAAACCCAUCAGAGGACAAUCUCAUUCAAGGGCUUUCCUACAUAAAUCCCAGCUGGAAGGAGUAGAAGCCUAGCCAGGUGAGUUUUACACUGGCCUCCCUCACCUCAGUGAGAGUCUCUGGAUACUUGUGCAGUAAAACCUGGCAGCACCUUUGUGGCUAAGGGUAAGGCCGAAAGUCAAAGGUGGCUGUUUUAAGACAGAAGAGCAGGCCUAGUGUGGGAUCCACUUACUUCCCUGAGGUUUGGGAUCUUAUCACCUACUCCACCUGCCUUGUCAUCUACUCCACUCAAGCGUACCAUCUAUUUCAUCUGGCUAUAUCAUCUGCCAAAGUUAAAAGUCCAGUAAGCUUUCUAUGUGCUUUCCAUCACCUCCAUCAGCCAUCCACCUCCAUAAUCAAUUCUGCCUUGUCCAUCUGGCCCUGUCACAUCCUCACUCUGCCAAUAUUAGCUGCUCCUUUUACCAAAUAUUCCAUCUGUCAUCACCAUCUUACCAUGCAUGUGGGUCACUAAACCAUCACUAAUGCUCCAUCUAGUUUUGCGACCUUGAGGCAAAAAUUGGUAAAAUGUGCUAGGCCCACCACAGUUAAUAUUUCUGUCAGUGUUCCCCAUCCCAAUCUUCAUCUCCUCUUCCCGAUCUCUCCUCCAGUUACAACCCCAUCCAAUACCCUAGUUUUAAAAAAAAACACAAAAAAUAACAAAAAAAACCCCUUUGCCCUCUCCUCUAGUUAUAACCCUGAUCUAUUUCUCCCCCUCCCCCCCCCAAAACAAAAAAACAAAAAACAGUGUGAUUCAGUUAGGGAAAAUAGAUUUGAAAGAUGUGUGAAUGGUGUAAAUGAGUACCCCCCCCCCAAGAAAGUCUGAAUGGGGUGUGAUUUGGUUAAAGAAAGUAGGCAUGAAUGUGAGAAAAUGACGAGUACAUGGUGUUAAAGCAGAGUAACCCACCCAACCCCUAGUUAGGGAGAGUAGACAUAAUAGGUGUGUGAAUGAAGAGUAAAAGUCAGUGUAGAGAGAAUAUAUUAGUGAACUGGUUACAUGAAUUCAUCUUAUAUAGCAUAGGUCAGGAACAGUGAGAAUAGUAUGGAUGCCUUUCUGGCAAGGGUGUAUAUACCAGGUUACUGGUAAUCAUUAGUACCACGUUGAUCCAGGGACUGGUCCGAUUGCCAUUUUGGAGUCAGGAAGGAAUUUUUUCCCCUCUGAAGCAAAUUGGAGAGGCUACAGAUGGGGUUUUUCGCCUUCCUCUGGAUCAACUGGAAGUUAGGCAGGGUUUCCUUGGGUAAAAGAUUGCACAUGAUUCAUGUGAGCCUGUUUCUAGCUUUAGCCUAUUGUCUCCCAUAAGAAACAAGGAACCCCGAGUGUGAGAGGUUGAGGUAAGAAUGAGUGCACGACUGUGUUAGGGAAAUAGGUGUGAAUGGAAUGGACAGUAACCAGUUGCAGUGCUACCAUGAGGUAAGGUGAGAAUUUUGCCUCUGGCAGCAGCACAUGGACGUUA